UUCAGAACAUAUAGUUGAGUCUCAUCUCAGCUUAAUUACUAAGCUCCAGAGAAAUUUCAAGUAGUUGCAGAAGAGAUGUCUGCGAACACGGAUAGCAUUAUUAGCAUAGGAGUAUUAACCAAGCAACACAAUCAUAAUAUCCAAGAGAAGAAUGGGGAUUUCUUAAACGUCAAGCCUCCAAAAGUAAUGAAAUUGGGGUUACUCAUGCUAAGUUGUGCCUUCAGUUUUCUAGGAAUUACAGGGGGACCUCUACUACUUAAACUCUACUUCGUGCAUGGUGGUAGUCGAAAAUGGUUAUCUAGUUGGUUACAGAUGGCUGGUUUCCCUAUAAUAAUCCUUCCACUCACAGUCCUAUAUUUUCGACGCGAUCGAAGUCUACCGAAUAUCGAGUUCUUUGCUUCUCGAAAGCUUUUGGUUUGCGCUGGUUUGAUAGGCCUAGUUCAAGGAUUAGACACUGUUAUAUAUUCUUAUGGUUUGUCAUUCCUUCCUGUAUCGACUUCAGCUCUCGUCUUCACAACCCAACUGGUUUUCACAUCCUUUGUUUCAUUUGUUUGGGUUAAGCAGAAGUUUACUCCUUACUCGAUUAACGCAAUCGUAGUAAUAAUAAUGGGUUCUAUACUGCUUGGUAUAAGGAGGUCCGGUGAUCGGCCCCAUGGAGUUGCGAAUUCUCGGUACUUGCUUGGUUUCUUUUUAAGUAUAGUUGCUGCUGCAAUUUUAGCAAUCAUACUAGUGAGCACCCAAGUUGCUUAUGCAAAAGCCAAUCAAGCCAUGACUUACCCUAUUGCACUGCAGUUUCAAGUUUGUAUGAGCUUCUUUGCUACAGCUUUUUGCACAAUUGGAGGUCUCAUAAACAAAGAUUUCGUGGCACUGGAAAGAGAAGCAACUGAAUUUGACUUGGGAACGCAAAUGUACUACUUAGUUUUAGUUUCAAAUAUGGUUGUCUGGCAGCUACUGUUUAUCGGAAGAGUUGGGAUCAUAUUCUGUAGCUCUUCUCUCUUUGCCGGAGUCUUUGCGGCCGCUAUCCUACCUUUUUCCCAGAUUGCGGCGGUUUUAGCGUUUCAUGAGAAUUUCACAGGAGAGAAAGGGAUGGCCUUGGCUCUAACACUCUGGGGCUUCACUUCUUACUUCUAUGGUUCCUACAGGAAGAAGGCCAAAGAAACAAAGUCACUGAACCCGUCCUCAUAAAACAAUUGCUUCUAAUCCACCCACAAACAAGACACUUUUUCUCUUUAUAGCUCUUAUAAACUUGUUCCCGUGUCCGGGAGUUCUAAACUUGGACAUACUCGGUAGUAACAGCCAUGUUGCAACAGAAUGCUUUGAACUUUAUGCUGCAUAUGUUAUCCACAUAUAUCACUACUUUCUCUUUUACAUUUAGUGGGGUGCCAAAGU